UUUAUUUUUGUGGCGGGAAACGAGCCGAAGUUUGACGACGCUAACUCGGUUAGCUUUGCUCCAUUUAGUUUGUGUUGUAACCAGUUUUAUUUAGCUUCACUCCGAACGUAGCGUUAAAGCUACAAGCCAGGAGAGAGGUCCGUUUGAGUUAAAAAGUUAACUUAAACUAAGUUGUGUCCGUCUGUUAAUCACAUUUGUCAAACAGUUAAGUUAGUUAGCUAGACCUAUUAGCAGCAACCGCUAAGCUAACAGCUAGCUCGGUAGCAUUAGGCUCUAUCAGCAGAAUCCAGUUUGUGUUGUCUGAUCGGAUAAGCUCCCUUAACGCUCACUUAACCAGUUCAGAAGAAUGGCAGCAGUGAGGAAACAAAUGAAGAAAAAACACCCGGAAGAAAAGUCAGAGAAAAAAGCGUUUGAGUUUAUUCAAGAGGAUGAAAAGAAAGAGCAGAGCGGCUCAGAUGACAGUGUCAGAGACGAUGAAACUCCAAUAACGGACAAGCAGGGCAAGAAGAGACCCGCAGCGGACUUUGAUGAGGAGGGGGUGACCCAUGCUGUGGGAAAUGAGGUACAGUCCAUGCUGGAGAGAUUCGGAGGUAAGCAGCUUUUUGCAGCUGAUAUCAGCAAAGUCAUGCAGGCCAAGAAGAAGCGUCUGGAGUGCUUGACGAAGAACUACAUGAAGGGAAGCCAACACAAGCUGGAGCAGCUGUGGAACGUCUACCACGCUCAGAGGCAGAAGAUAACUAGCCAGUACUCCCAGCAGGUGUCCUCAGCGCUGCAGCAGUGGGAGACUGAAGCCCAGCGAGCUGAGGAGCAGGAAGAGAAGCUCAACAAUCUGUUCAGACAACAGCAGAAGAUCCUGCAGCAGGCCCGAGUGGUUCAGAACCAGAAGCUGAAGACUGUCAGAGAGCUGUACGAGCAGUUUGUGAAGAACAUGGAGGACAUGGAGAAGAGCCACGACUCUUUCCUGCAGGGGGCGCAGCAAGAGCUGAGGAAGGAGAUGGCCACACUGCAGAAGAAGAUCCUCAUGGACACACAACAGCAGGAGAUGGCCACAGUCCGUAAAUCGCUGCAGUCCAUGCUGUUCUAGCCUGCCGUUACCACGGCUACAGAGCUACUUCCUACUGUAACGAAUGUCACUGCCCGAUGUGAGUCGAGCGUGCUCAGAUUUAAACGGUUUACGGCGUAACGUGUCUUACUGACAUUUGUGAAAUCCAUAAAAUAAUAAACUUUUCUCUUUACAUACAAUAACAGAAGAGGGAAAUCAUUUCAAAAACG